CUUUUGGUUUUUGUUACAAUGGAUGAAUUCUUCCUGUGUAUGUCUACCGCCCAGAUAUCUAAACCUCUUCAACAUACUUGUAUAUAAGGUAUAUGCUGACGGUCAAUCAAGACUAUCUUCACACGGAAGGAAGGCCACAAUUAGGGAAUUCUAUGGCAUUAUAUUACCAUCUCUUCAACGGCUUCAUGGUAGUUUGGGUGAGUAUGGUGAUGCUGAGGAAAGGCAUACUGACAUUUUGCGUUUUGAUAGAAGAAGAGUGGAAGGAGAUAGCCGUUUUUCCAAAGUUGAUUUGGAGAGAGAAGACGAAUGUGGUAUCUGCUUAGAGCCCUGUACAAAAAUGGUGUUGCCUAAUUGUUGUCAUGCAAUGUGCAUGAAAUGCUACCGCAAUUGGAACACAAAGUCUGAGUCAUGUCCUUUUUGUCGUGGUAGUUUAAAGAGAGUCAACUCGGAAGACUUAUGGGUGCUUACUUGUGAUGACGAUGUGAUUGAUCCUGAAACAGUUUCCAAAGAAGACUUGUUGCGUUUCUACCUCUAUAUCAAUAGCCUGCCGAAAUAUUGUCCAGAUGCUCUCUUUUUAGUGUAUUAUGAACACUUAAUCUGAUUAGGAACGUAUGAGAAGAAUGAUGUACAGAUAGGAAGGCCGACCUGUAAAAGUAAAUAGAGUCUGGUUUUACUUGGAUUAGGUAGGAUAAUGAUGUGUCAAUAAAUGGAAUCCCAUUUAUUGCUUCAAAUCUCCUUU